GCUCGCCGGUGACUCCCCCCAUGGGCCUCGGGGAGCUGACCGAAACGAGCUCGCCCCGCUGCUGACGGAGCCUCGCUUUGUCCCUGCUGCGGUUUUAGAGCGUUCUACUCGCUUUACUGAGUGUUACUGCUCGCAUUCAGAAUGCUUCUCCCUGGCCUCUUCUGGAAUCGCCUAUCAGUUUUUGCUAUGCAUGAAGUCCGGUACCCCAACAAACACUGGGGAUUGGCUUCGUGUGAAGGGAGCCGGCAGGUGGUGGUCAACAGAUUUAGGAGCUAAAGCCUGGGACAAUGGUGUGCAUUCCUUGCAUUGUCAUUCCCAUUCUGCUCUGGGUCUACAAGAAAUUCCUGGAGCCGUACCUAUACCCGCUGGUUUCCCCUUUCGUGGGGCGGAUAUGGCCCAAAAAAGCACUGCAGGAGUCCAGUGGUGCUAAAGGCACAGUGGACUGUAAGGGAGCAGACACGAGUGGAUUAGCAAGCAAAGGACCGACAGAAAUCUCCGAUAAAAAGAAAGACUGAAGUGACUUUCCCCCUCCCAUGGGAUCGCGGUGUCUCCGAAACGGAUCUGAUAAUAUGAAGCCCCUUCCUCAGCCCCGUCUCUCUGACCUUUUCUCUGAGACCGGAACUCAGGAGAGCUAGUUUAGGGAUUUCUCUGGCCCCCUGGUAUUCAUAGUUAAGUUAUUAGUUAUAUGGAAUGACCUCGAUCCUGAAGUUCGCUUUUUCAGUAACAUAGAUUUCGUUUCUAUUCCUGCACAUUUAGUCAUGUCAAUAAAUAGAAGGUUUGUGUCAGCAGA